AUGCAGGAUGACAUUAACGAGGAGGCCACAAAAAUGUUUAAUAAAAUAUCUGAGGAUAGCAGCAAAGAUAUUCCAGAUUAUUGCAGUAAUCUUACACUGCCAACUAGUAGAAUAGUCACUGACCCAGAGAGAAGAACAUGCCAAUACAUUACGGCCGGAUUAAAGCAUAUUUAUGGUAUUGAGGAAGGGAAAGGUGAAGGUCAUGCCAAAGACAACAGAUCAUUUAAGCAAACAAUGUUAUGCUUAGUUUUGAACGAUUAUGCGGAUAAGUUGCAAGGGGAGGUGAAAUCUCCCUGUAAGGUCGGGGAAGAUACAAUAAGACAAGCAUUCACUAAAGGGAAUGAAAAGAUAAAUGAUUGGUGUUUCCAUAAGGGUCCGAAUGGAAAGGGUGAUUGUGUUCAGUGUGAUAGAUAUGACAAAUAUGCAGAGUGCGAAAUAGGCGAUGGCCAAGACAAAGAAGAAGUGGGGCCUAAGUUGGAGGAGUUGUUCAAGAAUAACAUCCAAAAAAGUGAAAUACAAAAAACUCUAACUACUAUAAGUUCCAUAAAUAACUUAUGUGAACGUUCACAAUGUGUAAUAACACAAUGGGCCAGGGAUAGAAGGACAGGGUCCAAUACGAGUGCAGCCUGGGAUGAUGCUAAGGGUAACAUACUGAAGGAACUGUCUGAAGCAAUGACCACUAAUAGUAAAACUGAGGAAGAUGAGUGUAAAGACUUUCAGGGGAAAGAUGGAUCAGAUGAUGUUGCUAAUAAAAAGGUAUGUAAUUAUAUUGUAAAGGGUUUAAAGCAUAUAUACAGUAUUACAGAGGAUUUGAAGGGCACUACUGAUCAGCGCAAAAAAAAUUACAGAAUAUUUAAACAAACUAUGGGCUCUCUAAUAUUGAAUGAAUAUGGCAAACUUCUUGGGGAACAAUCAUGCAUAGAAGAACAGGACGUACAAAAAGUUUUUACUGGUGUAGGUAAUCUUCACAUAUAUGCGUGUACGGAGAAAUCAUGUGAUCAAUGUAAUUGGGACCCAUGUUCAAAUUUUAUAAUUGGACAGGAGGACACCAAACGGAAAGAAAUAAAAAAAAGACUCGAGAAGAAUGAAGACAUAAAGAAAACUCUGGAUGCCAUAAGUGAUUUAUGUAAACAACCUGCCAAACCUGCCACAGCAGCAAAACCCGCUGCUACGAAACCAAGCGGGAGCGAAGAUCACACAAGUUCAGGUGCAGUCCAAACUAAUCCUGGUACCUCAGGUCCAACUCAAGCUAAGGAUGGAGCAGAGGGUCCAGAUAAACCCAGUUCAUCGAGCACUAGCAGUACAACACAACAUAGUGGUGACCCCUCUGCUAGUGGUGCUGCUGGUGGAGGGGGAGCAAGAACAAUAUUACCUAAACUAGGACCAGGGGAAAAUGGUAGACUGCCAUCCCGCCCUUCCAGAAGGGUGGUGGAGAAAGAAGGAGUGCUUGACCCUUCCGACCUCCUUACCCCAUACCUUCCUACCAUUCCUGUGUUCCUUGGUAUAUCUGCUAUGACCUACUUACUCUGGAAGUAUUUUGGAAUGCUUCGUAAGACAAGAAAACGUUACAAAAGAGCUCGUCAAAUAACUGGUCCAACCUUGCAGGAACAAAUUAUUGAUCAUGUGGACGACCAGGUAGAUGGUCCACAUGCAUAUACCUUAGUAAAGGAGCGAAAACGAAGAUCAACGCCAAAAAAAAGAAGGAAAAAAUGUUCAGGUCGCCGCAUGAUUAUUGAUAUUCAUUUAGAAGUCUUAGACGAAUGUCAAAGGGGCGAUGUGACAUUAACGAAGGAAGAUUAUUUCACCAUUCUUGUUCAAGAAUUUAUGGGAAUCGAAUUCAUAAAAAAAGACUUUGUUCCAAAGGAAGAGGUUUCUAUGGUUGAUGUUCCUAAGGAAAGUGUUUCUAGGGAAGUUGUUCCUAAGGAACAGGUUCCAAGUUUAGAUUCCGGGUUUAGGGAGGAAAACUCUGUUCCUAAGGAAGAUAUUACCAUGGAACAGGUUCCAUGUUCAAAUUCCGAAUUUAGCGAAAAUGUUUUUUCACAAACUACAUAUUGGGUUAAUUGGAUCGAAAAGAAUAAAGCUGUGUUAGAGGAAAUUAAAACACAACCUUGGUUUUAUGACCUAAAGGUAAGUUGGAGGGAGCAUCAGCGGGAACAUGCUGACCGCAGUGAAUUGAAUGAUGAUAAUAAUUUUUCAUUUGAAGAAAAAAGGAAAGAGUUUUUUAGGAGUUGGGUAAGGAAGCAACAUGCCCUUAUGGAAUUGAACAGUCAAACAGCAGAUUGGUUCAAGCAUUUGUUGGGCAACAUGGAAGAGUUGGAACCGGAACAGUUAGAACAGCAAGAAUUGUGUCAAAAGUCCCAUAAGAAAAAUCGUUUAGCUGCCAAAUUAUGGAUGCUAAUCUUGGCAUUGUUGUUUGAGGAGUGUGGAAGGGAAGAAAAUGUGUGUAAUAAGGAAUUGUAUUUAGAUCAUUUAUUACAAAGUGUUUGA